AUGGGUAUUCUCGAAAAAAUUGCAGAAAUUGAAAAAGAAAUAUCUAGAACACAGAAAAAUAAAGCAACGGAGUAUCACCUUGGUUUACUGAAGGCAAAACUAGCAAAGUACAGAGUACAACUUUUAGAGCCUUCAAAGUCUGGUGGGGCAAAGGGUGAGGGUUUUGAUGUUAUGAAAUCUGGUGAUGCAAGAGUUGCAUUGAUUGGAUUUCCUUCAGUGGGUAAAUCAACAUUAUUAAAUAAACUUACAAAGACUCAUUCUGAGGCUGGCGCGUAUGAAUUUACUACAUUAACCUGUAUACCUGGUAUUUAUAAUGUCUUAUAUUCAUCACAAGAAAUUGAGAUAUUUGAAAGUGACCAUAGUCCGUUUAUUUUUAAAGGAAAAAUCGAAUAUAAUGGAGCAAAUAUUCAAUUAUUGGAUUUGCCUGGUAUUAUUGAAGGAGCUGCUCAAGGUAAAGGAAGAGGAAGGCAGGUUAUUUCUGUCGCGAGAACAGCAGACUUAAUUGUAAUGAUGCUAGACGCAACCAAAAGUAAUCAACAACGUAUAUUAUUAGAACGUGAAUUGGAGAUCGUUGGGAUUCGAUUGAAUACGGAAAGACCUAACAUAUACUUUAAGGUUAAGAAAGGCGGUGGAAUCAGCUUCAACGCUACCGUUAAAUUGACAUAUUUGAAUGAAAAGAUGGUGUAUAAUAUUUUGCACGACUACAUACUAGUUCGUGAAGAUGUUACUGUUGAUGAAUUUAUUGAUGUUGUGUUGGGUAACCGUAAAUACAUCAAAUGCCUAUAUUGCUAUAAUAAAAUCGACUCAAUAACUUUGGAAGAAUUGGACCGUUUGGCACGUGAACCAAAUACUGUUGUUAUUAGUUGUGAGAUGGAUUUAAACCUUGAUUAUCUUGUUGAACAAAUUUGGAAGUAUCUUAAUUUGUUAAGAAUAUAUACCAAGAAAAGAGGAGAAUAUCCUGAUUUUGAAGGUGGGCUUAUCGUUAGAAAAGGUGCCACUGUUGAACAUGUGUGUCAUGCUAUCCAUCGAUCUUUAGUUGAAGAGUUUCGCUAUGCUCUUGUCUGGGGCACAUCCACAAAACAUAACCCUCAAAGGGUUGGGUUGUCACAUGUCAUGGAGUAUGAAGAUGUUAUUCAAGGUAUCAGGAUGCUUCAUAAAGCACUCGUCGGAAAUUCUCAAUGCAGCGAAGAGGAAAAUCAACGCUUAGCUGAAGUGGCAAGACGCGUUGAGCAAUGUAUGUAUCGCGACUGUAACUUCCAAGUGAAUAAACAUUAUAAGGAUAUUGCAAGAA